AUGACAAUCGGUCGAUCGAAAGGCAGCUUUGUGGAAACAGGUCAACCACCAAGCGCAUCGGAGGGAAGCUCUCGGAGAGUACCUACUAGCGACACGGGUGACGAGGAUGAUGAGUCGAGCGUAUGCAGCAUGGAUGACCUCCAAAUAUGGAUGUCAGCAACUUCACUCUAUCUGCCCAAAACAUAUCAGCUUUUUGUGACGCAUCGUGGGCAAACGGUGCAUCUGCGUGUGCUCGCCAACAACACCGUUGGGGAUGCUAUACAAAGCAUUUUGACGGAUUUCAUUGUUGCAACGAGUGGGUCAUUUCCUGUGGAGCCCAAUAGGCUGGGCUAUCGUCUUUGCAAGCUGGAUCGACAGUCUCCAGGUGUGCGGAUAUGGAUGGAAUCUGAAAGACUGCUGGGAACAUACGAUCUGUUACAAGGGGACGAAGUGCGGUUGAUGCAUGUCGCCGACAAGGAAACGGCGUUGAUCUCGGUUCCACCAUCUCCCACCCAACAAUCACUCGAAUAUGGGUUUGACGUGACGGUGAGGGAGGCGGUCGCACAGCUCAAAGCUGCAAAUCCAGGCGAACACUCGAAAGAUGCAAAGUACGGCCUGUACUACCCGCGAUUGGCAUUAUGGCUGGACGACGGUCGAACGCUCUUCUCUUAUGAUCUGACAUCAGAGAGGAACCACUUGGAAUUCAGGGCGCUUGUGAACCAGUUUCUUCUGCGGAUUUAUCUCGUGGAGUUCAAUCAGAAGAUCGCUCUGAAAGUGCUACCAAAUCUGCGAGCUGCUGAUGUUAUCGCAAUGAUCAAGUAUCAGCUCAAAAACAGAAAGCUCGAGGUUGGGCAUAUUGGCGGUCGUUAUGGAAUCUACAUUCCUUCCAAGUCGAUUUGGAUGAAGGAGUCGGAUUCAUUGGAGGCAUAUGAGACCAUCAAAACGGAGGAUGUAGAGUACAAACUACAAUACGAACUCGUCCUGAUCCAAUGCGAUCUCUCAGAACACCAACAGGUAGCUUUGAACUACACAGAACCACUGCGGAUACAUGUGGAUGGCAAAACGACCGUGGAAACCCUGCUGGAAACUAUCGGCCUUUACAAUCCAGACAGCGCCGAAGAAGUAUAUUGCUUGUUUUCACCGGCCGGCGAUAGGCUUAACGAGAAGGACCUGGUGUGGACGGGAAUCAAGGACCUUGCUCCGGGUGAUGCGCUGAAGUAUCGCGCUGUCCCGAAGAAGGUCAUCUUGUCGAACAACCUUGAUUCGGACGUCAAGAUCGAUGUUGACCUCGAUUAUUUACGCCCCUUGGAGACAAAACUGCCAUUCAUAUGUCGUAGAUUUGGGAUUGCACGGAAACAUGUGCUGGGAAUUCAAACAGCAGAUGGCAAAGAGUUGCAGACGGACAAAUCACUCGAACAGCAGGGUGUAGCACCUGGGACAAAACUUGUGGUGAAACUGGACAACGCAACUCUGCGGAGUCCCAAUGCUCCCAGUACACCAUUGGCGACGACAUCAGAGGACACGAACAUAUGGGAGGAGCCGGAAGAGAACAACUUACAUAUGAUCAAAGACAACGACGGAACCAUGGUUGUCGGAUCCGCAUCGCUGAACAAGCUGGUGGAGAAGCUGACUGACGAGCUCGGGGAAGGAACUGUAAAAUAUCUGGACUACGUGAAAACCUUCCUCCUCACCUACCAAUCUUUCACCACGGGAUCCAAAUUGAACCUCAAGCUGAUGGAACGCUACCAUGCGCCUCGAUAUCGCAAAUCCACCUUCGCAUCCUACGACCAUUUCCGGCUGACGAUCCAACUCCGCGUCUGCAACGUGCUAUUGCAAUGGGUCAAAAGGCAUCCAAAUGACUUCUUGUUGUCCGUAAAUACGAAGGAAUCCAAGCGGAAAGAGGUUUCUCCGUUGUGGUAUGAGACUGCCGGGUUUGUGCAAGACGUGCUGGCGGUGGAUCACCCGAAUCUGGCCAAGCAGAUCAGGAGGAAUCUGGUGAAGAUAAAAGACAAUUCGCAUCCAGCAAUGGUCAAGCACCUCAUUCUCAAGUCACCCAUGAACACGGGCGACGUGGAUCCCCGGAAGAUGUCCGUCUUUUCCCAUCAAGUAGAAGAGAUUGCUCAACAGCUGACACUGAUAGAGCACGCCUUCCUGGCUGACAUCCUGCCAUCAGAGCUUCUCAACCAAGCAUGGAGUAAAUCGGACGCAGCAACAAGAGCACCUAACAUCACCGCUCUGACGAGGCGCUUCAAUGCCGUGGCGUGUUGGACGGCCAAGUCUGUUCUGGAGAUGAAAACGCCGCGAGCGCGAGCAAAGCGAAUGACGAUCCUGAUCGACGUCGCAACGCAUCUUCUCCAACUGAACAACUUCUCGACAUUAAUGGCCGUAAUCGCCGGACUGAACAAGGCGGCGGUAUCGCGGCUAAAACAGACGUUCAAGGAAGUUGGGGCCAAGAAUCUAAAGAAACUAAACGAUAUGGAGAAGCUGAUGACGGCGGAAGGCUCAUAUCGGAAUUACCGCGGGCAUAUGAAGACUGUCUCAAGGCCGUGGGUGUAUCUAAUCGAUUUGACAUACAUGGAGGACGGCAACCCCGACAACAUCGAGCACAGGAUCAAUUUCACAAAGCGGCAAAUGAUCAGCGGGGUGAUCAACGAGAUCCUCAGUUUUCAACAAACGGGAUAUACGGACAUCAAGCCAAUGGAAGAGCUAUAUAAUGUCAUUGCCCGGCUGCCCGCGGCUACGGAUGAAUACGAGAAAAUACUGUGGUCCGAGAGUAAGAAGAGGGAAUAG